AUGAGCAGCGCCCUCACCGCGUCGCUCGACCGGCUCGUCCUCAACCCGGCCCUGCACGACGUCCUCGCCAUCCUCAAGGGCGCGCGCAACGGCCUCGUGUACGGCGCCAGGGUCCGCGGCCCGCAUGCGCUCGUCAUGAGCCUCAUCUUCCAGUCUGGCCCGUGGCAGCAGCGCCUGCGGUACGUGUACCGCGCGACCAAGCAGCACUCGCUCAACCUGGCCAGGUUCGUCGCCAUCUACAAGACGGCGCUCCUCGUCCAGAAGACGCUCGCCGGCGGCAAGCAGCGCUCGAUGGACACGUUCUGGGCCGGACUCGUCGGAGGAUGGGCCGUCUUUGGCGAGAGGAACGCCGUCAACGAGCAGAUCGUCCUCUAUGUCGUCUCACGCAUCAUCACGUCGCUCCUCCCGCGCGCGACGCCCGCCGUCCCGCUCGCGCCCGCCGCGCCGGGCUCGACCGCCGCCGACGGGUUCCCGCUCCCGCCCGGCUCGCCGUACCCCAAGUCGCGCGCGCCGCACCCCAAGGUGUUCGAGGUGUAUGCGGCAGUCGCGUGGGGGCUCGUCAUGUACCUGUUCAGGGAGAGGAGGGACAGGCUCCACGGCGGCAUGGUCAGCAGCAUGCAGUACCUGUACCUCGAUUCCGAGGUGUGGAACUCGUUCAAGACGCUCCUUUGGCACAACCGCUAG